AAUAGUUUUGUACAUUUAGUUAAAUUCAAAUAAAUUUUGAUUUUACUGGAAAUUAAAUUUUUCAUUUGUAUAUGGUCAAGUGUGCAGUAAAUGUAUCAUUAUGUUAAGAAAGCAUGUGGAAAAGGACUAGUUGAAGACAUAUAAUGAAAUACAGAAACAAUACUGUACUUCAAGUCAUGGACUUGUCAAAUUUUAUACCAAGUGUAAAAUUCAAACCUUGAGAAUCAAUUUAUUGCCUUUUUUAGAUUUUUGUGGAAUAUGUUUAUUGUAUUUUAAAAUGUAGCAUAGUAUCUUACUAAAGGAAAUUAAUUGGAAGCUUUUACAGUUACAGAAGAUGGAAAAUGAUUUAUAGUUAGUUUUUAUCCUAAAACUUCUCAUUUUUUUCAUUUUUGUUAUUUCUAAAUGUGUAUUGUAAAAGAUUCGGUUGCAAAGAUUUUGUAUAGAAAAUUUACCAAAUUUUUACUUAAAAAAAUUAAAUUUUCCUACAAAUAAAUCAGCCAUAAAGCAACAAAAAUAUAUUAAGUACUUAAUACCCUAAACGUUGCACGCUUUUAAGUUUAAAAUAAGCGCCAAAACUAUUUUCCAGCUUCUUCAUUAAUAAUAUAGAAUGCAAUUUAUUGUGUUAAAUGUAGUGAAAAGAAACUGAUAAAUAUAUGAAUACAGCCUUGAUUGAGUAGUGAAGAUAAAGAAAUGCUGUUUUUUAUUCGAAAAAAAAGAUUUCUUAAAUAUUGAAGCUCAAUUUUAUUUUUUAUUGUAAAAUGAGUUUAAAAAUUAGACUUUUCGAAUUUGCUCAGUUGAGGAUUAGGGGUGGGGGGAUAGGGUACCCCACACCUCUAUGAGUAUCAGAAGACUUUAGGUAGGGGCCUCAAUUUUUUAGGGUUCAGAAUUCCUUUAUAACAUGCUCUCUUCAAAAUCACUACACCUGGACUUCUCUCCCUCCCCCCCCCCCCCCCCCCCCCCCACUCUCCCUCAACCCUAACCCAGCCAUACUAUCGCAGUUAUCAUCUAUAUAAAUUGCGCGGCAAGAACAAUGGCUAUCAGUUUAUAUAUUUCUUCUUAGAUACUAGAUCUAAUUCAGGAUGUACAAGCUAAUAAUUGUUGUUCUAUUAAUUGCUGUUAUCCGUUUAUCCCAUUGUGCACCUCUGGCCCAGUGGGGAUCUCCAUUUGGUGGCUUCGGCGGAUCCCAUGCAGGGUCAUCUGCAGGUGCAAGUGCAGGCAGUGGAGGUUUUGGUGGAGGCGGAUUUGGUGGUUCUCUUUCACAGUCCCAAGCUCAAGCACAAGCUGGUAGUGGCGGAAUUGGAGGAUUUGGUGGUUCUGGUUCCCAAUCACAGUCUCAGGCAUUGGCAGGAAGUAUUGGUGGUGGAUUUGGUGGAUUUGGUGGCAGUGGUUCUCUAUCCCUGGCACAAUCUCAAUCUGGAAGCCAUAGCGGAGGAUGGGGAAAAUAAAUUUGUAUAAUUUUCUUAGAAUGUAAAUAAAACUUUAAUAUUCGACCAUAAAUUCUUUAUUUUUUUAAACUAAAAUCUCUGAAGAGAAAAGUUGCAAACUAUGAUUUACUUCUGGGCCAAAUCUAAGUCAUAAAUUCAAAUCUAAAUCAAUUAAUUACAAGCAAAUUUUUUU